UUACAACUGUUAGAAAAUGCAGCAUUUGCUCCUUUAGUUGCUUAGCAACUAGCCAGCAGCGUGUUGUCAAACAAAUUUCACUGACCCAAGAAGCUAAUGUUAGCUCGGUCAAGUUAACUAACGCUAGCUAGUUACGGUAGUUAGCGUUAAUUGUUGUGCCUUUUUCUUCUCUUUUGAUUAUUUGAAGUCCUUCAAAAUGUCUGCAGUUGUGUAUCCAAAAGAAAGCGUCUACAAUCUUGUUCCAAAGGAAGAGGUUCAUACUAAAAAACCGCCAAGGUAUAUGUCCAAGUAUAGGCCGACAGUUGUUCUUGAGAAAAAGUCAACAAAGGAUCCAAUGAGGACGAUGGGACCAGCCAAAGUAGAGGUGCCAUCCCCAGAGAAAUACCUCAAGAAGCAUUCAAAAGAGCCCAAAUUAUCCGGAAAAACAGAGAGAGAGGUUCGUGAAACCUGGACUGUGAAGAAACCACCCGUUCCUGCGAGGACAGACAUUCCACCUAUGGGUAUUCAAACCAAGAGAGACUUUAUAAAGACAGCUACAGCAGUGCCAAUGAAGCCCCAACCUACCUGUGUGGACACCAUUAAGGGACACAAGCAGCUCCUUGAGAAUUCAGGACAAGUCCCCAAAUACAUCAAGAAAAAGCAUUAUGGAGAAGUACCUGAGUACCUGCAGAAGCGCAAUGAAGAAGAGCAGAGAGCUCAGGAGGAGUAUGACCAGUUUGUGAAAGAACAGAGGGAGCGGGGAGCCAUGAAACACCUGUCUGACGAGGAGCGACAAGGCAUCCUGGAGGGCCUGAAGCAGAAUUGGGAUAAACUGCACCAUGAGUACCAAGGCCUCUCACUCGUCACAGACAACCUGUCCAAGAAGUCCCACAGAUACCGUCUAGAAGUGGCGAUGAAGCAACUGGAGAACGACAUCAACCUCAUUGAUAGGUUCAAAACCAUCUACAUACCCAAUCACUAGGACAUUAAAAAAAAAGGUGGAUUUAAUCAGAUGUACUGUGUCGUAUGUCGUGAGACGCCCACCUGGGAUUAUAUAUAUAUAUAUAUAUAACAUCACAUGGGCUUGAGUGAAAUAACAUUCUGUGUUUGUAUAUUCUCAUAAUCUAUCAUAAGAAAAAAAAUCUUAAAUCUUAAACUCUUUCUGCAAGUUGAAGAAUCAUUCAGAAUUACUUUCUAAUAUUACUAAAAUAUUACGUAAUUUUAAAGAAAAGAUUGUAAUAUUGUAAUAAACGAUUUAGCUCCAGAUAACGUUUUACUUUUCAAUGUAUUCAUUCCUUUCUUUCCACCUCCCUGCCUUCCAAAUGGAGUUUCAUGGAGAACAAAAGAAGAAAUACUUGGCUGUGUAGGCCUUUAAUUUAAUUCUGAUUAAAUAAAAUUUGCUGCAUUAAAACUGAACCAAAUAUUUGUUGCCAGUCAUUUUCAUUCUCCUGCAGUGGCCCGUGAUGCGGCCACAAGCCACCACAG